AUGGUUCUGGGCAGGGUGCAACCUAUUUCCGGUACGCAGCUUCAUGAUGUUGCAAUCACCCGGAGUCGGCUGAGAGGGCGCUCGGAAGACGUUCUCUUCGCCGAGGAUCCGAUGCUGCUGCGCCGUCUGAGACGUGGCUUAAGCUUCGUGGAGUCUGUGGGAACUGGGGGCGAGGCUACCUUAGUCCGCCGCGGUUUGCCCAAGUUCUUCGACAUGGAUGCCCAGACCCUCUCUGCCGUCUACUCAGGCGAAGAUGCCGGUGAACCCCUGAGCUCAGCUGGGAGUCUGUCCGAAAAGGUCUGCGGCUCGCUGUUGGGUUCUGUCAAGGACGCCAUCUCGGGUGGAUCAUUCGUCGAACUGAGCAGGCUGGACAAGGCAAAUGGUGAAAAUGCACAGGUGUCCUUCUUCACCGGCACCGGCCAGUGGGUGCUUUGCUCCAAGAAUGUAUCAAUGCUAGCCGCGAACGCCGCAGAGAUCGAGCUACCGCAGUGGUCUGACCGCCGCUACCGUUUCGCAAGGCACGUGGCAGAACUCUGGUUUGCCCAGCUGAUGGCCUUGCCGGACACGUCGCGCAAGAACCUUGAGGAGACUCUGUCAUCCCGAACACUGGUUGGGGAAAUGAUCGGAGGCAGUGGGGCACACUUGGUGGACUAUGGCUCCCUCCGCAGACUGCAGUGGUUUGCCGUGGUGCCGAAUCAGGGAGAUGAGCUGUGCUGGCCACCUGCCAGCAGCCUGGCUUUCUUUCACCAGAUGGGACUGCCCGCAGUCAGACUGAAGCUCCUUGGGCCGGAUGCGUGUACAUCCCUUGAGGACGCGGUCCGUGCGCUGCAGGAAAACUGCCUGGCGACCGAGAAAGCCACGUUGCAAGACGUGGGCGAAGGCUUUGUAACCUACGUGACCGCGAGGUCCAACGACGAUGACACAGGCCGCGUCAUCCACUUGAGCAAGAUGAAGUCGAUGGAUUACAGGCUGCUGCGGCGCAUGCGGGAGAGGGCCAAAGUCUUCGCUCAGCGGGCUGGGUCCAUGCUCGUGGAGGAUGUCGUGGAGGAGUACAGGAAAGAGGUGGUCAGUGCCGGACUGGACCCUAAUCUGACAACCUGUCGCACAGAAACCCUUGCAAAGCUCUGCCGCAUGAUCUUCGCUGAGGACAUCUCCUCUGAAGCUGUGGACGAGCAGUUCCUGCAACUACUCUAUCGGGCCGAGAGCUUUGAGGGCAAGCUUGCGCCCGGGAGGGCUGCCCCAGUGCUUUGCGUCAUCGCACCGCCCGGUGAGAUGACAACGACAACCUGGAACUGCUUGGAGGAACUCUUCCGCGGCGAGGAAGGGUCGAGCGACUCCAAAAGCGUACGCUCUCCGGACAGCUUGCAGAAAGGCAAUCUCAGUUCAGCCUGGCACGACUCCACAGCUUCGAGAAAGCGGGCCUUCCUCAACGUCAGCCCCCAGGGCCUGGAAAGCCUUUUCUUUCCUGCGAAGGCCGGCGAAGAGGCUCCCCGCAAGCGCAGGCGCGUGCAGGAAGCUCUGGAAGAGAAGCAGCAGCAAGUCGCGACCCGCUUGGCAUCCUCCUUCAGGAGCAGGUGUCAAUUCCUCUUUUGGGGUUGGUCAGAUGCGCUGCUGCCCGAGCAUGCCAAGCAGACAGCAGACUUGGCACGGCCCUGUCGCACGCGAUUCGAGUCUCGCAUGUUCGCACGGCUUAAGCCCCGGAGACGGCAGAUCCUGGGCAAGCUCCAGUCCCACGCACUGCGCCUCUGGACAAAGCUGCCAGAAUCUCAGGCGCGAUGGCUACCCACGCUGCCUCGUCUGACAGAGACUCGGGCGCUGUCCACUAUGGUCGGCAGCUUCGGGGCACCGCCGCCGAAGAAGGACUUUUCUAGCCCUGGGCCGGGCCAGAAUUCUGCGAGGCCCGUGAUACAGUCGACCGUCAUUGUCGUCAUCCCACUGGGUUUACCUGGGAUGGGUAAGAGCUCACUGCUUGAGCAUCUGUUCCAGUUGGGCCAGCGUUCUGCCUGGAAGGCCUACCGCCAAGGUCAGCUGGUACAGACCGAGAAAGGGGGAGAGGCACUCCACUCCAUUGCAACGCUCUCGAGUGAUGAAUUCACGGGCGAGGAACUGAGAUGUCUGGGGAUGGAUGCCGCCAGCAGCAGCUCCAAAGAUGUCGUGCGAUGCCGUAAACUGGCCGCCAGCCGAUACCAGGGAGCGAUCGAGGAGUUCUUUGAGCAGGCAGCGGCAGCUGCGACGGAUUCAGAGAAGCUGCACUUGCUUCUCUUGGAUAAGAACCAUCCCCCAUCUGCACUUCACCGCGAGGCACAGACCUUGCAAGCGCUGGCCGCCAAAGUUGGGUGCCAUCUUUGCCUCAAGGCUCUCGCGAUCGAGGCAGACUCAGAGGCCACUGCACUGCCGAGCAACUUGCUGCAGGAGGAAGAGAAGCAUUUUGGACCGUGGGCAUAUCCCUGGAGCCCCGGUGUCCUAGCCGAGUGCGCCAGCCGCCUGCUGCUCAGAGCCAGUCACGAGACGCUUUCUGGGAACGAGACGUCGUUGUUUGUUCUCCUGGGUUUUCUACGAUUGCACCAUCGCCUGGCGCAGCUCAGUGAUCUUGCCGACAGCUCCAUCGAGGUGGUUCACGCACCGUACAUCAGCAUUGGAGGACUGGCCUCCUGGCAAGGUCAUGAUGCUCCAGAUCCUUGGCAUCAGCUGGAGCUACGUGCCCUCUUCCACCAGGCCCUUCUGGUCAUGCAGAAGCCUUUCGCCAACCAGGAGCCUGUGCAGCCGCUUCUGUCCGCAAUCUCCAGGCUGCUCCUCGCCUCGGGCCUUACGAGUCCCGGCGCCGAGAGCCAGGGGCAGCACGCCCGCGAGUGUGCGGAGGGGCUCUGGCCAAGCAUCCUCCGUCCCCGUGCCAUCCAAGAGUCUGCCCUGCCGGACGUGGUUCCGCCGGUGCGAUACGUCGCGCUGGAAGUGGAGCAGCACCACGUAACCCUGGAGGCAUUGCUCCGGCGCCUUUCGGACGCCAUGCGCAUCGUGGCUGGCGACUGCGAGGAAGCUGAGGCGUUCCAUUCGCAACUGUUCAGUUGGCCGCAGGUCCUUCACAUCACUACAUGCUAUGUGGGCGGUGGCACAUUGCCAGCCUCUGAACGAGACAUCUUGACCAAAUCGAAGCAACUGUUCCGGGAGGCCGCCGCGUUUGACUGCGCGGUGACACAUCUCGUGGGCGCUCGAGGCGCACUGGCUCUGGCAGUGGUUGAUGAGCCAAGGCUUCGAGCAGAUGGCUUGCCAAUCGCAGAUGCCCAGAGGCCGCACAUUACAUUGUGCACACGGUCACCAUGGCAGCCUCGUCAUUCGAACGAUGUUCUCAAGGCUGCCAGGCCAUUCCUUGGCGAAGACGUCGGAGUUGCCGCUUCUGGCAAGUGGAUGCGGAAUCUAGCGGUGGGCUCUGCAGUGUUGGACGUGUUUGUGCUGAAACUGGAGAACCCGGUCUUACUUGCGUCCAAUGCUGUGAAACUGUGCUGA